CUACAUAUCAUUUCUUCGUCUGAAUUACGACCAAGGAAAACAACAUCUCCAAAGGUCCCUUCGCUUCAUCACCGCUCUCCUCGCACCAUUUGGUCGCUUUCCCGGUCAUCUCCUUACUUGCGCGUCUACACCACACUCGUUUCAGUGGACAAUGCUGUAAACAAGCACGACUACAUUGAGCAUCAUCUGAACAAUUCGAUUCUUUCCAGCGCCGUGCGCUUUUCGAUUCACCUACCAGGAGCGACAAGACGCAUCAUUCACAUUGUGAACGCCAACACUGAUGGCGACGACCUCCCAGGUUCCGCCGUUGCGCAUCAGCAAAUCUGGCGCGACCGACAAUAACGCUACGCCAAACAAGAUGGCCUCCUCGCGACCGCUGUCCGAGAUUGGCAGCACGGAGCGACGACGCAACUCUCCUUCCUACAUUCAAGCCACCAAGAAAAUGAUCGUAUCGCGCGAAGCAUCACCGUAUACUGAGAAUUCUUUCCCGAAAGAAACUUCACCACGGCCCUUUUGGUCCAUCAAAGACGCCAUGUCACCCAAUCGCUACGACAUCGAAAAUGACCCAGAACAGGCAGAAAUAGCGAGCAACAUCUCGCCUACCCGUCGUGCUAGCAUUGAAAAGCUGAAACAGGCCAGCCGAGUCAAGACAAGCAACAUUUUCGCGAUGGAAAGUAAGGCUGUAUACGAUCCGGCGAGCGUCCCAAUCGUGGAGAGACCGGCGGCCAACCGACCACUCAGCCAACAAUUGGCGAACAAUAGCUUCACACGUUACGACAGCUUGCGAAAAGAGAACAACCCGCUUCGCAACCUUCACACUUCUCCGGGCAAGCUCCCGUCUUCGGUCAACACGUCGCCUGUCAAGUCUGCAGGUUCACCUUCUCCCACAAAAUCAUCACUAGCACGUACAAGUCAGUUCAGCGGCGCCCUGUACGACCCGGAAAAUUCAGUAUGGUCAGAUGACGAGGAGCGCCGCUUGACACCUCGAGGUCUGCGCCAGAACAAGAGCGUGACAUUCCGCGAAGAGCCUCCCAUCAUCAACGAGUAUGAGCAACCUACUCCAGAACCCUCCAUCUCCGCAUCUGAAUCGCGUGAAGGCAGCUGGGACUCUGAAGAGUAUGACGACAAUGACUACAGCUUCGAGCGAGGAAGCUCUAUGGAACAGCACGACGAUAGCUUUGAUGAUGAUCUUGAGAAUGCAGACAAGACUCCAGUCGUUCUUCCAGAGCAGUGGUCGCGCGUCUCUCCCGAUCACGCUCGAACCGAUCUUGUGGACGAGAACGAUGAUGUCUUCACUAGCCCAUCUGGAUCGUCGCACCGUAACUUCAGCCGUACCGAGAGUGUGGUCUCUGAUAGCGAGUCCCGCCCGCUUCCGCCCAUUCCCGGCGUGCUUCGCGAGCGUCGUCUCUCAGCUCUGAAUGCUGCCGCGGAACGUGCUGCUAAUGCCAGACGUGGUCUACCGACCCCUCCCAGGCGAGCAUUGGGCAGCCGAGAGGAGUCGCCGAUGAUUCGUGCGUCACUCACCAUGGACCAGCGCUUGGAAAUCAUGGGACUUCAGCGCAGCGGCUCCCAAGACGUCGAAGCUAAGGCGGAUGCUCAAUCGGAUUUGCGGACCUCCCAUGAGCCAGAGCACGCAAAAGCCCAAUCCAAUGAAGACCAAGGCGCAGAUGACUCCAUCGCUGAUGGCUUGGAGCAAUUCACAACUUCUCCUCCACGGAUCUCUCGCGAAAGCAUCCUACGCAAAGUCCGAAGCCGGAGAUUUGAUAUCGAAGAGACUCACGAAGACUCGACACUGGAGGACUCGCCUCCUCGUCCGACUUACGCAGAGAUGGCGGACUUUCAUCCUGACGAGCCAAUCCCAUCUCGUGAAACCAGCCGAGAGACAUCCAAUUACACCCCUGGAUCUUACCUUCAGGAGACGACGGUGAUCGAGAAGGAAAUAUUCAUCAAGGAGGAGCCUGUCGAUGACGAUGAAUUCGACAUGUCUGCGAUAGCUCCUGUGGAUGUCAGCUUCGGUGGUCUUGAGCGCCAGUCUUCAGUCUUGCGGCACAGAGUGUCCGUUGGAAGCAACGAGGAUGACACCGAGUACACUCGGUACUCUACUGUCGAGCCCGAGGCAGAGAGCACUGAAUUACAGGCGCAUGCAGAGAGCACCCUAGAUAUUCCUGAUGGAAAGGAGACUCUUCAGGACGCAAUGCAGUUGUUGACUCUUCAAGACUACUCCCAACCACGCGUUGCAUCCAUCACUGCCAAGGACUUCCCAGGUCUUCCAACUUUCAUCAGCUCUGGCGACUAUGAUUUUGGCAUCAACAAAUUCAUGUCCGCCUCACCUCCUCCUGUUUCCGAAGUAGCCACACGCAGUGUGGACAUCACCUCAACUGCUCCAUCUCUCCCACCGCCAACUCAAUCAAAGCCAGCAUACAAGGAUUUGCCACGUCCCACUUACGAUGGCGCCGAAUACUCGCUUCCUGGCACACCGGAGUCUGUCGUUCAUCGUGCAGAUGAUGAUGCAAUCUCUGCGAUCGAGGAGGGUGAGCUUCCCGAGUCAGUAAUCCCGGCACCUGAGCCUGUCAGUCCUGUGGAACCAGAAGUCAGCAUCGAGAUUCCAGAGCGGCGCACUACUAUCAAGACACGUGGAAAGCUGAAGACUCGGCCGUCUGCUACACCAGCUGAUCUCAUGGGUAUGGCUGAGCAGCGAUACAUGGUUGACCGAGAGCACGAGAUGCCUGCACGAGAUGUAGCACAAGACAACACAUUACACGACGAUGACGAGUACAGCGAGGGUGACGGAACUCCCCAUGGUGACUCACAAUAUCAACGCCAGGAGGUUGACAUAAACCUGAAUGUGCCUACCCUCGAAGAGGGCCCAGAGUUGGGACUUGACCGAGAGUUCGAUCGAGUCAUCGAGUAUCAAACAAAAGGAUAUCUUACCCGGCAGAAUACCAAGGUGGUGGUCGCUUCUAACAGAUCUUUCUCCAACGAGAGCAGUGCCACUGCUCUCUCCCAUGAGGGAGCCUCAAAGGUCAGCUCUCGAGGUGCUGCAUCAAAAGGCAGGCGUCCCAGCGGCGAGCAGGUUACGAAGACCGAGCCCUGGAAUGGUAAGACCCGCCGACAAAGUCAGCGACACAUCUCCACUUGUUCAUCAGAGCCUGCGCCUCCUAUGCCUGGACAUAAGAGUGCCCUUGGCGUCGUUGAUGAAGAUUUUGCUGCAGGCACCAGCAGCCUCGAAGACGAAGUCGGAGAGGAUGUUGAGCGAGGUCGCCUCUUUGUCAAAGUCGUCGGAAUCAAAGAUCUCGAAUUGCCGCUUCCUUCGGACGAGCGUACCUUUUUCCAACUUACGCUGGACAACGGUUUGCACUGCGUCACCACUGCGGAUCUUGAGAUGGGCAGAUCGGCCUCCAUCGGACAGGAGUUUGAGCUUGUAGUCCUCAACGACCUAGAGUUUCAGUUGACAUUGACCACACAACUCACUAAGCCUAUACGAGCUGCACAGCCAGCCACCUCACCCUCGAAGAAGUCCCCAUCCAAGGGUGCCGCCAUCUCGCGAUUCCUCAGCAGUCCGAAGAAGCGAGCCGAGAAGGAGCGCCAAGAGCGCGAGGCCCAAGAAGCCGAGGAACGCAAAAAGAAGGAAGAUCUGAUACGCAAACGUGCAAGCGUGAGACCUACCGCAUGGGACCUUCUCCACGAACUCGUCAGCACUGAAAAUGGCUCAUUCGCACGAGCCUACAUCAAUCUCCGUGCACAUGAGAAGGACUGCUUUGGUCGCGCCUUGACCAUUAACGUCCCUUGCUACAAUGAAUGGGCUCUGGAGAAGGACGCCGCCGUCAUCAACAGUGUCCGCAAUAAGCGUGGCACAAAUGCCCCUCCCAUUCGUCGUCCUCCAUACGUCAUUGGCAAUCUUCAAGUCCAGCUUCUCUACAUUCCCCGUCCUAAGGGUGCAGUCGAAGAGGAUAUGCCGAAGAGCAUGAGCGCUGCUGUUCGCGAGAUCAAUCGCGCUGACAAGGCCGUCACUGAGAAUGUUGAAAUUAUUCACGAAGGCUACCUCAGUCAACAAGGUGGUGACUGCCAACACUGGCGCCGACGUUUCUUCCGCCUGCAAGGCGUGCGUCUGACUGCAUUCCACGAGCACACUAACCAAAAGCGUGCCGUCAUCAAUCUCAGCAAGGCGUCUCGCCUCGUGGACGAUAAGAGCACUCUCGUCGCAGAUCCUGUUGCAGCCACGACCAACACAUCAAGUGGGCGGAGCCGUAGGAGAAAAUCGGCUUUCGCAGAAGAAGACGAGGGUUAUGCCUACGUCGAAGAAGGUUUCCGCAUUCGCUUCGCCAACGGUGAGACCAUCGAUUUCUACGCCGACAACACCGCCAACAAGGCCGGUUGGAUGGAGAAGCUUGCACAAGUCAUCGGCAACCCUGCUGCUGCCGCUGCCGCUGCAGCCGCUGCAUCUGCCGACAAGAAAGGCUUGAAGUGGGUUGACCUUGUGCACGCUCGCGAGAAGUCCGAGCAUGAGCAGAGUGAGAAACUCCUCAAAGAGCAAAAGGAGGAAGAGCGGCAACGACAGCAGGAGGAGUCCUCUCGGCUGCAACACCCUCAACAGGACUCUCCCCAAAUGUCGGCGGCCCAGACCGACGUCGUUGACUUCGGCUCUCCAUCCUUGAUCGCUCCCGUACCGAUUCGUUCUCCUAAUUUGGGAGGCGCUCCUUUCUCAUCGCCGCUUAUCCAAGACGUCCCUGCUCGUCGACCGGUCUCGAUGGCACCACCUGUGCCUGAAAAGGAUACAGCUCGCCCGUCGACGCCGCCCAUGAGCGAGCGUCGCGGUCACCGGAACCGGAGCGCAGUGAAGAGUAUGAUCUUCUAGGAGGGUCGUUGACGGCGCCGUGAAGGGCGUUGGCGUGACGGGUUUAUGGUUUCACGAUGAUGACGAGGACAAGGCUCUCUUCGAUUCUUUCUCUCUGGACGGUCCUUGUUCAUGAUCGUGAGUUGUGAUGCCUUUGGUCGCUAUAUUGUUUCUUGUUCUUUUCUCGCAAGAGGAAUCUUGAUGAUGUGAGAUGAAGAUGGUGACGCUGUCUACUGGAUUGGAGCGCGUGCCACUUCUCUCUCUCUGCUUUUGAGUCUGCGCAUGCACACAGGACUGAGCUUUUGUAUUUUUCUGGAGUGGUGUUUGUUCUUGUCUUCUGAUGCUAGUUCUCUCGUACUUCUCUCUAUAAUGAUCACGGAAAAUAAUUUCAAAUUAUACAUUUUCAACGCAGCGCG